AUGUCGGAGGCAGUGCUGUUGCUGCGGCGGGUGCGGGAGCGCAGCAGUGAGGGGGCCACGGGGGCCCGGAGGAAGCGGAGCAGGCGGCGCCGUUUCUACCCUGAGCACCGGGUGUACCGCGCCCGCAGCUCCUUCCUGGACCUCAGCGAGGAGCAGGUGCUGCGGCGCUAUCGUCUGGACAAGGCAGCUAUUGCGGGGCUCUGCAGCGAGCUGGGCUCUGACCUGGAGAGCCUGACAGGUCGCAGCCAUGCCCUGCCGGUGGCCGUCAAGGUGACCUCGGCCCUUACCUUCCUGGCUUCAGGCUCCUUCCAGACAGCCACACGGGACACUACAGGCAUCAGCCAGUCAGCCAUGUCCAACUGCCUGGCCCAAUUCCUGGAGGCACUGCAGCGCCGGGCUGCCCGCUACAUUACCUUCCCUGUCCCAGUCCCCACGGCAGGGCAUGCUGAGGGCCGCUUCCCUGGGGUGCUGGGCCUGCUAGGCAGCAUGCAUGUGGCGCUGCGGGCCCCCUCAGAAAACGAGCUUGCCUACCGCAAUGCCCGCAACUACCACUCCAUGAACAUGCAGGUGGUGUGUGAUUCCCAUGGCACCAUCAUCAACGUGGUGGCCAAGUACCCUGGCUCCUGCCCCAACGCCGCCGUGCUGGAGAACUCUGCCCUGGCUCGGCUGCUUGACGGAGCCCGGCUUGACGGGCUGUGGCUGCUGGGAGACCGAAGUUACCCGCUGAAAACAUGGCUCAUGACUCCAAUUUUAUUCCCAUGUAGUCCGGGAGAGGAGAAGUACAAUGCCAUGCACCAGGAGGCCCUCUCGGUGCUCAAGCAGACAUGCACCCUCUUGAAAAUGCGUUUCCGCUGCCUGGAUAAAUCAAGUGGCUCCUUGCAGUACACCCCCCAGAAAGUCUGCCAGAUCUUCCUGGCCUGCUGUAUACUGCACAACAUCGCCCUGAGCCGCAGGAUGCCCUUAGACCUGGCAGAGGGGGAGGAGCUGGUGGAGGGGUCGGAUGCUGACCCGGAGCUCCCAGUGCAAACCCCCUUUGUUCAGAUCUCCAGUGAGGCCCGGGCAGUGAGAGCGCGAAUUGUGCAACGAUUCAGAGAGAGCCUGACCUAG